GUGGUGAUGGCUGAGAAGAGCCUUGACCCCGCAUGCGUCUCCAUCGCCCUGGAGGACACGGUGUGCAAUUCCGGCUCGCAGGAUGCUCCCCUCCUGACCACCCACCUGAAGAAGGUGGAGAACCACAUCACGGAAGCCCAGCGGUUCUCCCACUUGCCCAAGCGCUCGGCUGUGGACAUUGAGUUUGCCGACCUGUCGUAUUCCGUCCGGGAGGGCUCCUGGUGGCGGAAGAGAGGAUACAAGACGCUGCUGAAAUGUCUGUCUGGGAAGUUUUGCCGCCGCGAGCUUAUCGGGAUCAUGGGCCCUUCCGGAGCUGGGAAAUCAACCCUCAUGAACCUCCUGGCUGGUUACCGGGAGACGGGCAUGAAGGGGCAGAUCCUCGUCAAUGGGCGGCAAAGGGAGCUCCGCACCUUCCGGAAGAUGUCUUGCUACAUCAUGCAGGACGACAUGCUCUUGCCGCAUCUCACCGUGCGCGAGGCUAUGAUGGUUUCUGCCAACCUGAAGUUGAACGAGAAGCAGGAAGUCAAGAAGGAGCUGGUGGAGGAGAUCUUGACAGCUCUGAGUCUUUUGGAGUGUUCUUACACCCGCACGAUGUCCCUGUCCGGAGGGCAGCGCAAGCGCCUUGCCAUCGCCCUGGAGCUGGUCAACAAUCCCCCGGUCAUGUUUUUCGACGAACCCACCAGCGGACUGGAUAGUUCCUCCUGCUUCCAGGUGGUCUCGCUGUUGAAAUCGCUGGCCCAGGGCGGUCGCACCAUCAUCUGUACCAUCCACCAGCCCAGCGCGAAGCUCUUUGAAAAGUUUGAUAAGCUUUAUAUCCUGAGCCAAGGUCAGUGUAUCUUCAAAGGAGCAGUACCCAACCUCAUCCCAUACCUGAAAGGGCUGGGCUUGCAUUGCCCCACCUACCACAACCCAGCUGAUUUCAUUAUCGAAGUUGCCUCGGGAGAAUACGGCGACCUAAACCCACUACUGUUCCAAGCGGUCCAGAACGGGCUCUGCGCCAUGGAGGAGAAGAAGAGCAGUCCGACCAAAGCGGAUUCCUCUUGUCCAGGACACUGCGUGGCAGAUUUGGACCACAUCGAGAGCCAUACUUUUGCCACCAGCACCAUGACCCAAUUCUGCAUCCUCUUCAAGAGAACGUUCCUGUCUAUUAUGAGAGACACGGUGCUAACCCACCUGCGGUUCAUGUCUCACAUCUGCAUCGGUGUGCUGAUUGGACUGCUCUACCUGCACAUUGGCAAUGACGCCGCCAAGGUCUUCAACAACACCGGCUUCCUCUUCUUCUCCAUGCUGUUCCUCAUGUUUGCUGCCCUGAUGCCCACAGUCCUCACGUUCCCGCUAGAGAUGUCUGUGUUUCUGAGAGAGCAUCUGAACUACUGGUACAGCCUGAAGGCUUAUUUUCUAGCUAAAACGAUGGCGGAUAUUCCUUUUCAGGUAAUAUGCCCCAUGACUUACUGCAGUAUUGUGUACUGGAUGACGGGCCAGCCUCCGGAAGCCACCCGAUUUCUGCUCUUUUCUGCUCUGGCCACUUCCACCGCCCUGGUGGCCCAGUCCUUGGGGCUCAUGAUUGGAGCAGCAUCCACCUCCUUACAAGUGGCCACCUUUGUGGGUCCUGUCACAGCCAUCCCGGUCCUCCUCUUUUCGGGCUUCUUUGUGAGUUUCAAGACCAUCCCUACCUACCUGCAGUGGAGUUCGUAUGUCUCUUAUGUCAGGUACGGCUUUGAAGGUGUGAUCCUCACCAUCUACUCCUUGGAGCGGGAAGAACUGGAAUGUAAGGUGCCCGAUUGUCCCUUCAAGGACCCGAUAAAGAUACUCCAGGAAUUGGACGUGGAGGAAGCUAAGCUCUACCUUGACUUCAUCGUCCUAGGGAUUUUUUUUGUCAUUCUCAGGCUCAUGGCUUACCUCACCCUGAAGUACAAGGUGAAGUCCGAAAGAUAAAAAGGGGACUCGGGAAAAAUCCCCAAUGCCCUUUGGCGGAUGCUAUUGACUGCCCCACGAACAUACUUUCCAAAGGACACGGGGGAAAUCUGUGCGCCGUGGACUCAGAGAGGGUUGAUGUUGUUGCGUAGCUGGUGGCCCACGUCACCUCAGUCGAGAAGAGUUGAUGAGACAUCUCGGAACUGUUUUAAUAUUUCCAGGCAUUCUCUUCAUUUGCAAAAUGGUCUUUCAUCUCUCCCCCCUCCUCCCUUUUUUGGGGUAAAAUUCUGGAAUGUGUCAAAACUCUCUUCCCA